AUGACUCAAAGUGGGGAUUACUUUUCGCUACAUUUUAUUCUUAUUCUUACAGAAAAAUACAUAAAUGAAUCAUAUACAUCUAGAAAUCGAAAUGACGCAUCUUUCUUAUACUUAGUUCAAUCUUCAGAAAAUGAUAUAUUUAUUCGUCAAUCAUCUACUGAUGUUACUAUUUAUAAAAAUUUACUUGAUACAAAAUUUCAAGAUUUAGAUAAUAAUGAAUAUACAAAUUAUCAUCAUAAUACAUUUUUACUGAUGUUAUUUGAUCGAUGGCAACAUUGUCGACAAAUGAGUGAUACAGCAAGAAAUCUAUUUUAUCUUUCAUCAUUGACAGAUAUCAAUAAUGAUACAUUUAUUAAUAAUACUGCUUAUCUUGCUUCAAUUAUUCAACAAAAUAGCAAGGCAAUGUCAUUGAAUUCUCCACUAAUUGAUAAUACAGUCAAAUUAAUUAACAGUUUAGAAAAUAUCGUUUGA